AUGGAAAUUCCACCUCUAAAAGACGCGAAACUUCCAAUUGAACCAUCUAAGCAAAGGCGCCUGAGUGAUAGUCGCAGGUCCAGGUAUUCAUUUGCCUCACCACCUGAUGAAUUUGUCUAUGAACCAGGCCUAUCAAUGUUAGAUAAUCGAGAUGAAAAGGACAUCAUCUCUAAAGAGAACAUUAAUCAUGUGCUAUACUCAGAUAACAUCAACACGCUGAAGCAGUUUAACUUCGAAAUCCGCUCUUUGCUUGAAAAACAUCCAACAAUACUCGAUGAAAUAUCCAAAGAUCAAGAGAUUGUCGAUGAUUGCAUUAAAGCAAUUUCUCUCGUCACGACAGGUGAUGGUGUUGAGACAUAUUGCAAAUGCAUUUAUCCAUUCUUUAAGAGAAAUACGGUUGGUUUCAUAGAUGGCGGCUUGCUGUUUAAUUUACGUGAAAGACUAAGCGUAUUUCCAUUCAGGAUUCUCGAUUUCAUCGAAGUUAUUCCUGUAUUGUCAGGCUAUGCUCGAGAUGCAAUGAUAUCCCUUGGCAUCAUUGAUGAUAUUAUCGAUUUCUUCCUUGCAUCAAACAGUCCUACAGAGCAAGUUGCUUGCGCUAAGGUUUUGAUGGCUCAAUUUACCAUCCCUGAUCCUUUCCAGGUCGAACAAAUUAAACCUCUCAUUCCAAAGAUAGUUUCAAUGCUAUCAUGCAACAAUAUCGAAGCUCUUAAUCUCGUAUACCAAACAUUAUCAGAAAUUAAUGGCCGUCAUCAGCUAUUUACAGCAGAUUUUCUUGAUCUCGGCGUUCAUGAGUAUUUAUCAAAACACAUCGAUGAUCCGAAGCUUGUAGCCUCUUGCUUUACCCUUGCAGGCAAUAUGAGUAUCUGCGAACCAGAAGAUAUCAAAAAGAUGGUUGAUUGUGGUCUGAUUGACAAAUACAUGAAGAUGACUGAUGAGCAUCCUAUUGAUACCAACUGGUGCCUCUCAAAUUGCUUUGAAAGCUCUCCAAAAGAAUUAUUCCCGAUUCUCAAAGAUUUCAUUCCAAAACAGAUAAAGAAAAAUACUCCACAGACAACAGGAUUCGUCGCUACAGUACUUCUCUUUGCUACUUCUAUUAAUUUACCGUUCGUUUUACAAGAAGGCGGAUUACAGAACGUAUUAAGCAGAUGCGACUCAACUGAUGACGAUCUAGUUGCUAAAUGCCUUGAUGCGAUUGCAAGAAUACUCAUUCUUUCUCAUACAAAACCGGCAAUUGGAGAAUUAGUCAAAGGAAUCAUUGUAUUGCCUGAAUAUGUUGCUAAAAUUAACGUUACCAAGGAACAAUCUACAGACCCUCUCGUUAAGGAAGUUGCUACUCAAAUUCUCGAACAUAUCUCAAAUAUCAAGCAAUAG